AUGGGGAAGAAAAAUAAGAAGCUCCAGGGCUCUGCCGUGCCCAGACAGCCCGAUAUCAGGCUGUCGUUCAAACUCCCACAGAGACCUAAAAUGGCGCCUGUAGCCUGUGUUUCACCCGAGGCAUCUGAAGCCUCCAUAGAGGAAGAGGAAUCGCUACCCUCACCUAGAUUGGAUGCCCGAUCCUACAUGCCAGAAACAGAGGAAGACGAGGCCCCCACCACGAAGGGAGAUAUAAAAAAGAUCCUGGUUGAGAUGAGGCAGGUCUGGAGAGAAGACCUACAGAAGGUCCAGACUGAUGUGGAAGCAGGACGCCGGAUAGUCCAAGGCCUGGAAACACACGAGGCCUCCAGAGAUGGGAAAAUCCGAGCCACAGACCAGAGUCUGCUGGAGCUCACCUCACAGGUACAAGACCUGAGAUGCACAGUGACCACCAUGGAGGCGAGACAAAGACAUAAAAACCUGCGCCUCAGGGGUGUCCCCGAAUCAGUGGAAAACACACAGCUCUUACACUAUGUCCAAGAUCUCACAGCAGCCAUGGGUGUCAAAAGCGCCACAGACAAGAUGCAGAUCACCACAGCAUUUAGAGUAAGAAAAGCUGCAACGGCACCCAGUGAAGCUCCCAGGGACAUCAUCGUGGUAACCUGA